CUAGGGUUUCUACCGCUUUAAGCGUAUCAAUAUUUAUGUUCAGCAAUCAACUCCACUUCAUUUCUGCUCUAGCCACUUCUUCGACCGUCUCGCGAACCCUAAUUCAGGGUUUUCUCAUCAGAAGUGAGUUUGGGAAGAUAUAAGAUCUUGAACCAUGAGUAAGCUUCAGAGUGACGCCCUGAGGGAAGCUAUCUCUGUGAUUGCAGCAGAUUCUAAGGAGAAGAAGCGGAAUUUCACUGAGACAGUCGAGCUCCAGAUUGGACUCAAAAACUAUGAUCCACAGAAGGAUAAGCGUUUCAGUGGGUCUGUGAAGUUGCCCCACAUUCCAAGACCAAAAAUGAAAAUCUGUAUGCUUGGUGAUGCCCAGCAUGUUGAAGAGGCAGAAAAGAUUGGCCUCGAGUCCAUGGAUGUGGAGGCUUUGAAGAAGUUGAACAAAAACAAGAAGUUGGUGAAGAAGCUUGCGAAGAAGUAUCAUGCUUUCUUAGCCUCAGAGGCAGUUAUCAAGCAAAUUCCCCGUCUCUUAGGGCCCGGUCUUAACAAGGCAGGCAAGUUCCCAACUCUUGUGACUCACCAGGAAUCGCUUGAAUCCAAGGUGAAUGAGACCAAGGCGACAGUGAAGUUCCAAUUGAAAAAGGUGCUUUGCAUGGGUGUUGCCGUUGGGAAUCUUGACAUGGAAGAAAAGCAAAUCUUUCAGAAUGUGCAAAUGAGUGUGAACUUCCUAGUUUCUCUUUUGAAGAAGAACUGGCAGAAUGUUAGGUGCUUGUACUUGAAGAGUACAAUGGGGAAGCCACAGCGCAUUUUCUAAGGAGUUUGAUUUUUGUUUGCAAGUGGUAGGGUGAGAAGUUGUAAGAGAGGAAAAACAAUUGAUGAUUCCCAAGAGAUGGGGUUUUUUUGUUUUUGUUGUUAUUCUGAUACUUUUCUCAGAUGCAUUAUGGAUACUGAUUUAUUUUCCAUGCUUUCUUACAAUCUUUUAUGGACGCAGGUUGUUUCUGUUA